AUGAAUGAUUGUACCCCAAAGGUUGGUAUGGAGUUUGAUACAUUAGAGGCAGCUUGGAUGUUUUGGAAAAAUUAUGGAAAACAAAUGGGGUUUAGUGUUCGAAAGCAUUAUACAAAUAAAAGUAAGAUAGAUGGAGAAAUAACAUCGAGAAGAUUUUUGUGUUCUAAAGAUGGUACUCGUAAGCCUGAUAAACGAGAUCAUCUGACCAGUCAACCUCGACAAGAAACAAGGACUAAUUGUCCAGUACAAUUGGGUGUUUCAUUAGUUCGUGAGACCGGAAAGUACAAGGUGUACGAUUUUGUAUUAGAGCACAACCAUGUUCUUCAUCUUGCAGCAACUACUUUCAUGAUGCGAUCAAAACGAAAGAUGUCUGAUGUCCAAGCUUUUGCUAUUGAUUUAGCUUAUGCUUCUGGAAUUAAGCCUAAGGAGAUACAUGAGUUAAUGAGUAGAGAGGCUGGUGGAAGGGCUAAUCUUGGCUACACUGGAAUUGAUAAAAAAAACUAUCUUCGAACUAGACGACAACGAAGCUUGAUAUAUGGUGAAGCCGGUAGUUUAUUAAGGUAUUUUCAACAACAAUUGAUUCAUAAUCCAUCGUUCCAUUAUGUUGUACAGUUGGAUAUCGAGGAGCAAAUAACUAAUAUAUUUUGGGCUGAUGCUAAAAUGAUAAUUGAUUAUGCCCAUUUUGGUGAUGUUUUUAGUUUUGACACUACAUUUGGCACAAACAAAGAAUUUAGACCUUUAGCUGUGUUUAUUGGUUUCAAUCACCAUAGAGAGAUGGUGAUUUUUGGGGCUGCACUUUUAUACGAUGAGACAGCUGAAUCAUUCAAAUGGAUUUUUGAGAGUUUUUUAAAAGCACAUGGUGGUAGAAAGCCUAAAUCUAUCUUUACUGAUCAAGAUUUUGCUAUUGCAAAGGCAUUAGCUGAGGUGUUGUCGGAAACAUGGCAUGGAUUAUGUACUUGGCACAUAAUGCAAAAUGGAAUCAAGAAAUUGGGAAAUUUGAUGAAGGAUGGCUCAUUGUUCCUCCGAGACUUUAAAGAUUGCAUGUAUAAGUAUGAGAAUGAGAGUGAAUUUGAAGAAGCUUGGAAUAAAAUGAUUCAGACCUAUACAAUUAAGGAUCUUAGUUGGUUAAAUGGUAUAUACAAAUUGAAGGAAAAAUGGGCUAACUGUUACAUGAAGAGGGCAGUUACUUUGGGAAUGCGAAGUGCUCAGCUUAGUGAAAGUUUGAAUGGGGAUUUGAAAGAUUACUUGAAAUCAAAUUUGAAUAUGGAUGAUUUUUUUGAGCAUUUUGAGAUGCAAGCAUCACAGGUGUAUACCCCUACAAUAUUUAAAGUGUUCCAAAAUGAGUAUGACUAUGCAUCAGCUGCAAUAAUAAAAGAUCGGAAUUGUAGCCAGCCAAUGCAUGAAUAUACUGUUGUGCUUCUUGAGAAAGUUGGAGAAUAUAAAGUUUUCGACAUACUUGAUAUAAAGAUAAUUCCCGAUGCUUACAUUUUGAAGAGAUGGACAAGAGAAGCAAAAAAUGGGUAUGUCAUAGAUAGUAUUGGGAAGGAUGUCAAUGGGGAUGUUAACUUAAAAGUUACACAACGGUAUAGAAGAUUAUGUCCCAGGUUAGUUAGAUUAGCCUCACGAGCUGCUGAAAUCGAAGAAGCAUAUGCUUUGGUAGAGAGUGUUACAAAGGAAUUAGAAAAGCAAGUUGAAGAUAUUGCCAUGAAAUUUUCAUGUGUGAGUCUUGAUAAUUCUAAAGAUCAAAUGUCAUUGGGUGGUAGUGAAAUUGUGGAUCAUGGAGAACCUAUAAAGAAUUUAAUUGAAAAGGAAAACAAUAACUCUUCUCUCAUAAAUUACAAUAACUCUAUCUCACCUGUGCAAUGCUAUUCACAUAAGGAAACUGAUCAGGCACCUAAUUCAAUGGCAUGGAUGACAUAUGAAGGUCUCCAAGGAAAUGGAUGCCAAAACAAUUUCAUUGAAUCAUUAACGGUGAACUUGUUCAUUCAGCUUUUUUAA